AUGGACACUUUUCCACCAGAAGUACGUCUCGUGAAUGGCUCCAACCAUGCUGAAGGAAGAGUGGAGUUCUUCUAUAGUGAAUCCUGGCAAACUGCCUGUGGUGCCUCGUGGAAUCUAAAAGAUGCAAGAGUGGUUUGCAAGACGCUGUGGUUCGAUGGCGCCCUGGCUGCGCCACGAUCAGCCAGGUUUGGUCAAGGUGCUGGGGAUGUUUUUCGUGUCGAUUGUUUGGGAACAGAAGACAGCCUGGCCGACUGUCAGCAUUCCCUGCGGACAUCACAUGGACACAGGUGCCACGCGAGGGUGGUUUGUAGUAUGCUGGGGUUCGAUGGAGCCUUGAGCGCACCGGGAAUUGCUAGGUUUGGUCAGGGCUCUGGUCGUAUUCUUCUCGAUAGGGUCAACUGUGAUGGAACAGAAGACAACCUUGCAGAAUGUGGUUAUUCCGGGAAUGCACGUUACUCAUGCAGUCAUACAAGUGAUGCAGGUGCCAUGUGUUACUCAGGAGUCCAUUCGAACCCGUUUAAAGUUCGUCUUGUCGGUGGGUCUAACGAUGCUGAAGGGAGAGUAGAACUUUUGCACGAUGGAUCCUGGGGAACUAUCUGUGAUGACAGCUGGGAUCUGAGAGAUGCGAGGGUGGUUUGUAGAAUGCUGGGGUUUGGUGGAGCCUUGAACGCACCGGGAUCUGCUAGGUUUGGUCACGGCUCUGGUCGUAAUGUCAAGGGUGUAGAAGCAAAUAGGAAUUUAGUUCAGGAACCAAGUAAAGAGUGUAAGAUAGAGGCAGGAAAUAAGGCUGGUCGAGGGUUUAUUUGUGUAUGA